AUGAAGAAAUUAGUUUUGAUAAAUCAUGAAAAGAUCUUCUUAAAUAACUAAUUCAUUUGGUUGGUCAAUUUAUCAAAUAAAGAAAUUUAAGAGGUUUAAGAUGCUGCUAAACAAUUAUAAAAAAAUCAAACUUUUUUGAUAUAGUCCAUACAUCAUUUUAAAGAGAUCCAUAAUUCAGCAAAUAUAAUGUUAGAAACAAUGAAUUCUCUAUGGGUAACAUAAAAAAGUAGAAGGCGAUUAAUGAAAGACUUUAUGGAAUAUUAUAAGGCAUUAAUUAAAAAGAGGCUUCCAUAAAGUACUGAGAGGAAUAGAUCAAACAGUGUGGAGAUCAUUUUCCUAUAAACCUCCUUAUUCUAAAGAUGGAAGUAGCGAAAAUUUUGAAGAUGUAACCAUAAGAGUCAGACCUUAUUGGUAGGAUUUUAUAGAAUAAGUAGGAACUUGUGGUCAGUCAUAGCAAAUCAUAACGUUCUUUAUUAUAUAUCAUAAAGAAGUUGUCUGAAUAAAUUAAGCGAUCUUUCUUAUACUAUUAAUUUUAAAAAUUAAUUUAUAAAUUAAAGUAUUUUAUUAUUUCUUCAUAUUAACUAUUGAACUAUGUAACAGAACUGUUUGAAUUGAAUAUUCCAACUGCAACUCCUUUAGUUUUGUAAUUCAAUAAUAGAUCGAAAUACCAAAAUGAAUUGUAUUUAGAGAAUCAAAAAUAAAUUAAGUCUAAAAUAAGUAGCAGACUAAGUUUCUCUCAAAUUGAAUACAUGAAAAAAAUAAUAAAAUAAUUAUAAUCUAACAUAUUUGUAAAUACAAACAAAUUAAGAUAAAUGAAUAAUUUAAAUUUUCAGUUAUGCAAUAACAAAAAUAAUUUGCUUCAGCAUAUGAAAAUGUUUUAUAAAACUAUUUUAGAUAAAGAAAUAUUUUACAUCAUUUUUCGAUGA